UAUCUGAACGAUUGUAGUCUACAGCGCCACAGAAACGUGUGGCUCCUACUACAACCAUAGAGUCAAAGACUGUGAUAGAGUAUUCCAGCCAGAGUAAAGACUGGCUCCUAAAUACAUAUCCGGUUGGAAAUACGAAAACUUCCGGUGAACUUCCUGGUUUUGUUUGCAUAGCGGCUAACUUUGCUAGCUAUGUCAUUUCCAACUCUUUAAAACGCUCUUUGUAUGUCCGUGAGUCAAACUGUGUUGGAAACGUUAAAACGCACUCUCUCGUUGACAAGACCUGCAAUGGCUUGCUCUUAGUCAUGCAAGUAACGUUAGUUGAAAUGUAGUAACUGUUAGCUAACGGCUAACUUGACAGCUAAUGUAGCUAGGAGAGUAAUAGGAUGUGCUGUUAGGAAGUUAGCCAGCCAACACUGAUUAUGUUUCUGCUUAUUCGUCUGUUAUGCUUCUACUUGUUUUAAAUAACUUCUGCGCUAUGGACACCGAGGGAAUAGAGAUCCGUAUAAAGACUCCCGUCGGGGAUAUGGACUCAUCCGUGGACUGCCCAUCACUUUUGAGCUUCAAUGACUUGUUGGUCGCUAUAAGGGAUGUCAUGCCCGAAACCACAAUCACUGCGUUUGAAUAUGAGGAUGAGGUGGGCGAUAGAAUCACUGUGAGGAGUGAUGAAGAACUCAAAGCCAUGUUGUCAUAUUACUGCAAUAAUGUGAAGGAGCAGCGGAUGAAUGGCCUACUGCCUGAGCCUCUCCAGAUAUUUCCUCGAGCCGGCAAGACUCCAGGGAUCCGGAACAUACACGGCCUGAAGGUGAACACAAGGCCCAAUGACUGCUCCCCUGCCGCCAUCGGCUCUAUGCCCAACAAUAGUCCCAGUCUAAAGAAGUCCUCCGCAGAGCUAAAGAAGAUUUUGACUAAUGGACAGAUCAAUGGCCAAGACAUACAAUACCAGGAGCAGCUUGGCCAUGGAAACGGAGGGACCGUGUACAAAGCGUACCAUCUUCUCGGCAACAGAGUGUUGGCGGUGAAGGUCAUUCCUCUGGAUAUCACAGUGGAGCUACAGAAACAGAUCAUGUCCGAGUUGGAGAUCCUCUACAAGUGUGAUUCCUCCUACAUCAUAACCUUCUACAGUGCCUUCUUUGUGGAGAACAGGAUCUCCAUAUGCACAGAGUAUAUGGACG